AUGUCUGCCUCUGCAAUCGAAUUUCUGCUUCACGAAAACACGCUGGGUGUGAGUCAGCAGUUGAUGGAAGCAGCACACGUUGUGCCACACCAAUUCGCCUGCAUCUGUAGCGGAAGUCGCGAUGCCGGUCCAAUGCAUUGGCACCGUGACAUCGGUCCCGGUGAACCUGCUCCACUGCGCGGGAUGAUUUCAAACAUGGAACAUCACGGUCCGAGUUAUCUGCAGUGGAACAUCGCUCUGUACGACGAUAGUGUGUUCUGGAUUGUUCCGCGCAGCCAUCGUCGAAUUAACACUGACGAAGAACACCGACAACUCGCAGAAAAUCCGUCUGUCCCACUGCCCGGCGGGAUACCUGUUGAACUGAAUGCUGGGGACGGUGUUGUGUACACACAUCUGCUGUUGCACUGGGGAAGCUACUACAGCAGUAAAAUGCGGCGGACCCUUCACCCGGGUUACCGUCCAUUCGGAUUUGCGGCUCUGCCCAAUGUUCACUGGCGACACUGGGAGCCAGGGUUUUAUCACCAUCUUUCAAAGACGGCACGAAAACAGUUCGAGAUAUGGGAUGCGCUCUUUUUUCAGGAGUUAGACCAGAUAGCCGCUAUUUUCCAUAUCAUCAUCAAUAGAGAUACAGACCAAUUCCGUGUUGAACUGGUGGCGUUACAUCCCUCACCACACGACCAGAUGGUGAGCAUUGUGAUGCUUUCAAAACUGGCUGGCAAAUUGUAUAGCCUGAAGCAUACAAGCGUCACCUCUGCCUCCUUGUGGGGCAACGGUCGAGACAUUACCUACCUUGGAAAUCACUUUACGCCUGAACAGGUGACCGAACUCUGGCAGCGAUUCCAACCACUCGACGAAAAACUGAAACUCCCAAAGGAGGCAUAUCAGCCAGGAUUCCAACGGACAUCUGACUAUAAUCCGAACGAUAUGCCAGUGGAUUUCAGCGUCGAAGAUUUUAUUAAGAGUUGGGAAACCCCAUAA